CACACAGCCACGACCCUCCGCCGAAUAUUCCCUUGACGACAGUGUUGUUGUCAUUGUAUAUCUACUACGAGGCAGAUUCCCGUCGAACUUCAAAUGAUGCAGACAUCCUCCGUUGUCUCUCCUAUUUCUGAGGUGGACGUUCACGGCCGGGCAGCUAUGCGCUCUUCUGGACGUAAAAUGUCUUCCACCGGAGGCAAUAGGUCAUGGUCCGAGGAAGAGGAAACCUACCUCUUGCAAACACGCCUGCAGAAGAUGCCAUACAAGCAUAUUGCCGCUCGCCUCAAGAAAACCGAGCUGGCCUGUCGCCUGCACUAUCAUCAGCUCUCUCACGGCUCUCAUCGCCGCAAAAGGACGGCUUCUGUAUCUUCUUCGGCUUCUUCGACGGUGUCAAGUGGAAGCUCCGUCAGCUACGGCCAAUAUCCAUCCAGCGAAGCGACUGAAUAUGGCACUCGUAGCCCGUCUCGUCAAGAGUCUCCCUCAAGUCUUGGAUCCACUAGUCCUGUUCAAGGUUUCUGCUCCGUGAAUGGAUCUCCCCAUCGCGGGGUGGCCCAUUCAUCUCAUCACAAGAUGCUUCUCCCGAAGCCUAGCCAACAAAGCCAACAAGGGACUCCUGAGCCCAGUACCGAGCAAUUUCAGUUGCCGGCGCUCCACAACCAGAGUCUCCGCAUCAACACCAGCGAUAGUAUCCUCCAUGGCCCUCAACCCCAUGAUAAACCCGGCCCCGUCGACACUGACCGACUGCGUGCUAUCUACGAGGCGCACCGUACCUCCUUCUGGUCCGUCAUUGCCGCCGAAUACGGACCCGACGUCUCCCCUGCGCACCUUGAAUCCAUAUGGCACUCCACAACCUCCAACCACACACUCCAUCGCCUCCCAACCCCCGACUUCAGUCCCCGCGCCGAACCCCUCUCCAAAUUCCCCACCUCCCACCCUCACCCCGCCCAAUUCCCCACCCCAUCCACAACCACCUCGUCCGCCAAAUCCGUCUUCCCCCACCUCUACCCCCCCAUCUCCUUCUCGGCCUCCGCCGACCGUCCCACUGGCCUCUACCACUGCGCCCCCCAUCUCUCUCGCGACGGCAACCUCCUCUGCUCCGCCGUCUCCCCCGACCGCGCCGGCUACACCCUCCCCCCGCCCACCCCGUCCCUCCGCAGCCGCGCCGGUUCAUGCGCCAGCAGCAUCGCCGGAUCCAACGGCAGCGCGACGCAGAGCCGCGCGAGCACGUGGGGAUCGGCGGUGGGGAGCCCGGAAAGGAGGGAUGGCGAGAGCGGGGCGCCGAGGACGGCGAUCGCGUCGCUGCUUACUGAGGAUCGGUGUCCGCGUGGGUCACAGGAUGAGGGCAUGAAGGAGUAGGGGUCAUGUGAUGAUCGCCUAUCUGCGAGGUGGGAUGGAAAUCGACGUUUGAAAGCGUUUGUGGUUUGGGGUUGGGAAAGGGGUCGCUCAGCUGAAGCAGGGGAGGUCCGGCCUCAGCGCGAGGUGAAACGAGUGCAUGACCGUCUCCUUUUCCUAUUACGACAUUUUCAUUGCUUAUAU